AAAUACAGGCGUAUUAAACAGUCAAACAAUCAAACAAUACCAAAUUCAUUACGCGCAGUGGAAACUUUCGAAGAAGAAAGAGGCUUAGAAAUAUAAGAAUUUACUUUUCCGACUGUAUAUACAAGAACAGUUGCUGUAUACGUCCGACCACCAUGAAGCAAGUUGUCUGUCUUUUUCUUUUGGUAUCAAUUAUAUCUAACUGCCUGCUGAUUUCUGUUGAAGCUGAUGAUGAAGAUCGCAAUGCAUUCAGCGACAAAAUCAACGAAUGUCUUUUUAAUGAUUGGAAGCAAGGAGGAACCCCUAUUCUUGCCUCAAAAGUAGAUUGUAGUGGUGGCAAACGCUCUGGACUUUGUUAUGGCAUCAAUAAUACAGCACUGUUUGCUGUUUGUUAUAACAGUCAAACCCUCAUUCCAGAGUUCAGUGGACACGUUGUUAUCGGCGACCCUUCAGCUUCAGGAAGAGGCGAUUGGGUAAAUGACAAAGGAAAAUUUGCUCCAAAACCGCAAGCAGACACCAAACAAGACUACGAAAAAUUCCAGCAAAAAGACAUAGUUCCAAACUUUGACUAUAAAACCAACUUUUACAGCCGGGGCCAUCUCACGCCAAACAAUAUAUUCGACACUGACGACAAACGUGAGAUUACGAUGAUAAUCACUAACGCUGCACCACAAUGGCAAGUGUUCAAUUCACAAAACUGGGCUGUCGUGGAAAAAGCUGUCAGGACUUACUCUGCUAGUAAUAAACAACGACCUGUUUACGUCGUCACGGGGACAUGUGGAACAUUAUUGGACAAAAAUGGCCAUACACUCUUACUGAAUAAACGCGUUGUCGCUCCCGGAUACUACUGGAAAGCAGUGUGUGAUCCAGUGGCAAACCAAUCUGAGGUUCUUGUUGCUGCGAAUCCUACUGGAGAUUCAGGUACUGGGAAGGAGUACGGCUGCGAUAUUAAUCAAAAACCGCAGAAACCGCAGACUCGGGAUAGAGGAAUUGUCAACUGUUACAGUUUGGAUGAAUUAAAAAAGAGACCAGAGGCUAAAUAUUUUAAUUUGCCAAAUUUUGCUGCCAUCUGUAAUCCGCAGACGAGAGGAACAUUUUUAGAUCCUUAUCUAAAAAAGUUGAGUUAAGAAUCAACGUUGGUGACACAUGAUGAUUGAACGUGAUUGUAGUUGUAGACGUUGGUAAUGUAGACGUUGGUAAUGUAGACGUUGGUAAUGUAGACUUUGGUAAUGUAGACUUUGGUAAUGUAGACGCUGGUAAUGUAGACGUUGGUAAUGUAGACGUUGGUAAUGUAGACGUUGGGUUUGAUUAACUUGUAGACGUUGGUAAUGUAGACGUUGGUAAUGUAGACGUUGGUAAUGUAGACGUUGGUAAUGUAGACGUUGGGUUUGAUUAACUUGUAGACUUUGGUAAUGUAGAUGUUGGGUUUGAUUAACUUGCAUGUAGUUGUAGACUUUGGUAAUGUAGAUGUUGGGUUUGAUUAACUUGCAUGUAAUUGUAGACUUUGGUAAUGUAGACAUUGAGUUUAACUUGUGGUUGUAACCUGCAGUUGUAGACGUUGGGUUUGAUUAAAAAAUUAACGUUGGUGAC